CUUUAUUGGCAGAAAAUGAUAUUAAUUUUAACAUUACUACACAAAAUCAAUUUCCAAUUUGUCCUAUUGGCGUGAAACCAACUAGUAUAAUACCUUAUUGGUUUAAUGAAGUUUGUGCGGAAAUUAAUACUAGAUGGGAAGAAAUAACUCAGUCAGCUGACGUUAAUCCAUUUAAUCGAACACAACCUAUAGCUCCAGAGAUAAUUAAGAAACAACUAAUGGUAGCAACUAGUUCUAAAAACCAAGUAUUAAUAGGUAGAGUAUACAAAAACCCAAGGAAGUUAGAUACUACAAUUCCUAUUAGACAUUAUAUAACAGAUGUUAUGGAUGAUAUUAGAAGUUCUCCUAUAGUACCUUGUGAUGGAUGUGAUAUUAAUGAGGGAUGUAUAUUUGAUAUAAAUAUGGAUGACAUAUAUACUUUACCAUGUCAAAAAUCAGUGGUAUCCCUCAGUAACAAAAAUGAUCGUAAACAAUGUAACAGAUUAUUACUAUCACCUUUUUCAAUGAACACAUUUAUUAAACAAAGUAAAUCUUUAGAACAAGAAAAUACAAUUCAAGAUAUAACACCUAGUAACAGUUAUUGGGAAAGAAUUUUAACUUUUACUAUAGAUAUCCAAAAAAAAAUCGAUGAUAUACAAAUCUUACUUGUAAAUCAAAAAAACAUAAGUGUAUAUAUCAAUGGAUCUCUAUCAUCAAAGGAUCAAAUAAAAACAAAAUUUACAAUACAAACGGAUAAAAGUAAAGUAAUGAGUUUUGGAAUUAUAUUUGACAUUUCAGAAAUAGACACCCCAAUAGAUAUCU